AUGGCACGACCAAUCGACGAUCCGGACGAACGAAAAUUCCAGGAAUAUGUCCAAUCCGCCGGAACUAGCACAAUCGUACGUAUAACUUGUCUUUUUUCGUAAUUUCUUUAAAGAAAAAUAGAAAGUCUGGCAUUUUGAUUGAAUAAAAUUAUUUUUUUUUGAUCAAAAUUGUAUUCACCAUCAGUAAUUUCAAUGCCAUCUUCUUAAAAAUUGAUUUCUUUAACUUUAUCAUCAAAGACUCCCACGGAUAACAUAAAUUUAUAAUUCCAGGAAGCGUCAAGUGCUGUGAAGGCGUUGGAUGAACGAAUUACUGCUCUCAAAGCUGAUUGUCGUGAUACAGAACAAUUACUGGAACAGACUGUUGAUACUGUGAGUUUUUACAUUGUUUUUUAAUUGAAUUUCGGGGUUUGAUGGCAUGGAUAAUAUACAAAGCUAUUAUUUCGUAAGUUAGCGGUUUCUGAUGAGUUUCAAAAGCUGACACAUUACUCUUUAUGCGUUUAUGUUUAUUUUGAAGUAUAACUUUGUUUAUUUAAGUUAGAAAUUGCCGUAGGUUAGGCGAUAUUAUCAUAGGCAUCAAGGAUAAUAUAAAAUAAUCCGUUUUAGAACGUUAAAGGUUUUUAAUGGUCUUGAAAAACUAGAAAAGUAUGUUUUGAGGUUUCAUGUUUGUUCUGAAAUGUAUUUUAUUUUGUUAUGAUUUAGAUUCACUGGUUUGCAAUAUUAUCAUAGACACUAGAGCAUGGAUAACAUAAAGUUUUUUUUGUAUUGUUAUCCGAUUUACUGGGGCUUGCAACUCUCGUAAUGUAUUCUUUUAAGAUUUAGGCUUUUUUUGAGAUAUAGUUCAGGUUUUUAAAAUUACAAAUCUUAUUAAUUUUGGCGGAUAUUAUCAUAGGCAUCAAUCAAAAAAUGUUCAAUGUCGCACAGACGUUUCUUGACCGAAAAUUAAAAAAAAAGCUUUGUUACCAUGUUCAUAUUCUUCUUUUUUUAUUUCAAAUUCCACUAGCUUUGAUAAAAUUCUUUCUAUGACAUGUUUACCAUAUUGUUUACAAUCAUAUGCCAAAAGGGCUUCACAAUACCUUUAUCACUGCAACUCUUAUGACCAUUAUCGAAAAUAUGACAAAUUCAUUAUCUAAUUAUGCUAUCUGAACCUAGCUUAGCAUAUGAACCGGGUUUGACGCAUGGAUGUGUCAUAAAAUUGGUUUUUUAAUUGAUUUUAUUUUUUUUUUGCUAUUAAGCACAGUCAUUAAAACAACAUCCUUUUAAGGCUUUGUUUGUGGUCAACAAAUUCAUAGAAGCAAACUUUUAAAAGUUGGUGAAAACAUUCAUAGAAUUCAUUUUUGAAACGGCGGUCAAAAAGUUUAUAGAAGUUUCUUUUCUACGACCGGUCGAAAAGUUCGUAGAACAGAUUUUUGAAACGCCGGUCAAAAAUUUCAUAGAAGUCAACGGUUGUAAACCGGUCAACAAUUUAAUAGAAGUCAACGGUUCAAGGCCGGUAAAAAACUUCAUAGAAGUGGUUUUUGAAAUAAAGGUCAAAAAGUCUAUGGAAGUCACUUUUCUAAGGCCGUUCACAAAGUUUAUAGAAGUAAUUUUUUCAUAGCUGGUCAAAAAGUCCGUAGAACUCUUUGUUCUAAUGCCGGUCUAAAAGUUCAUAGAAGUCAAUGUUUGAAGGCCGGUCAAAAAGUCCAUAGAAUUGAUUUUUGAAAUGGCGGUCAAAAAUUUCAUAGAAUUUAUUGCCCUAAGGCCGGUCAAAAAGUCCGUAGAACAAAUUUUUGAAACACCGACCAGAAACUUCAUAGAAAUCAUUGUUCUAAAGCCGGUCAAAAACCUCAUAUCCAGUACUAUUUCUAAUCAAAUUUCGACGAUAAAUUCACAAAUAUGGAAACUUUUAUGCCCAAAAAGUGCAAACAUAUUACAUUCCUUUUGUAGCGCCGACUCCGGGAUAUUUGUUUGUCAUGUCGUAAAGAAUAAUUUCCGCUGAUUAGAACUGAUAAUUUUUUGUUUUUGAGUUUUUGAACCAAAAUUCUCUUGUUCUAAUCCCAGUUCGCCAUGAAGAGUACAUUUGGGGGCUGGUAGAUAAGGUCGAAUAACAAGGGGCUUAUUGUCGAGGGGGGAGUGGGCUUUGAUAAGGCUGGGUAGGGUAGGGUAGGCAAUGGUAGGGUAAAUUAGGGAAUGGUAGGCCAGGUAGUGAAGGGUAGGCUAGAGCAGAGUAGGGUAGAUCAAGGGUCGGGUAGGGAAAGGUAGGGCAAGGUCACGUAAAGCAUCUCACGGUGGGUAGGGCAAGGUAGAGUAGAUCAAUAGGCUGUGCUAAGGAAGUCUGGACAAACACAGGGCUGUAUAGUGCAGGGUAGGAUAGCUUAGGGUAUAGUAGGGCACGGUACGGUAGGCAAAGUAGGGUAGAUUAAGUGUAGGGUAGGACAGGGUAAGGUAAGGUAAGGUAUGGUAGAUCAAGGGUGCGGUAGGGCUUGGUUGAAUACAUAGUGUAAGAUAGGGUAUAGUCAGAGUGAGGCUUGGCAGCAUCACAGUAAGGCUGGAGUAAGGAUAUAGUAAGGCUGAGAUAGGGCAUGGUAGAAAAACGUGAAAUUUUAAAUUUUUUUCACCUCGAACCCCCCCCCCAUGAACUACUAAAAAAACGUUUUUUCAUGACUUUUUUUUAUUUCAGGAAGAGCGGAAUUGGUUGAUAUAUCGAUUACAACGACAACGGCUACUCUAUGCACGGUAUCAUGUUCGUAAAGUUGGUGUGUUGAAAAAGGUAUGAAUUUUAAAAAAAUUUUGACAAAUUUCAAUUUCCUAUUCUUUUUUUUCAAAUUUUUAAAAUUUGAAAAGAAAAUCCAAAAAACAUGAAUUUUGUUAAAUUUUAAAAUUUGUAGUUAGCCAGUUCCGGGAAGCUUCAUUUACCGGUCGAAUCGCUGAAAGUCUCCGCCAGCAUGGAUAUGACAACAGAUAACGAACGUUUAAUCGAGGCGCAUCUUCACGAACAAGAAGAGGCUCGACGACAACAAGAAGCUCAACAUUCUACAGUCUUUCAUUCGGAUUCUGAAGCUCAAACUUUUUCUAAAGGCGAUUCAGAAGCUGAAAGCUCUUUUAAAAGGGAUUCAGAUGCCAAAACGGCUUUAGAAAUCGCUUCUGAAUCCACUAGAUUCUCAAAAACCGGCCAAAAACCAGCUCAAAAUCCUUCUACAGAAUCUCAUCGUCAGUCCUGGCACGAAUACUUCCAAGCUCUAACCUAUCGUCUCUACGGUUCAGCUCCAACCCUCGAAGCUGACCCAUAUUGUGAUAGGAUAGAACCGGCCGAAAAGUUCUACCAUGACUCUUUGAACUCAAAGUUCAGUGAUCAAAUGACUCCACAAAGCUUUGACGAUGAAUCCGACCAAACUACAACAAGUCAUGAGAAGAUUUUGUUUGGGCACGGUGAGCACGGUAGCUCGGCUGAUGCUGUGAUUGAAAGAAGAGACCGGUUCAGAGAUAAGAGGGAGGUGACAGACGAGCAGAUCAGGUAUAUCCAUGAACAUGUGAGGUCAUACCGACUGGAAACGGUGCUGAAUCGAGAUCAAGAUGCCCAGAUUUCGGCUGAUUUGAAGGAGUUGUUCGAGAAUGAUCCAGACUUGUUCCGAAAACACUUUGAUGUUGAUGAGUUUGAGAGGAGGGAGAAGUUGAAGAAGGAUGAAGAAGAAAGGUUGAGAAGGUACGAUGAGGAUUUGGAGAGAAGAAGGAAAGAGUAUGAGGGAUACAGAAGCUCGAGGGAUUCUAGAGGCUAUGGUGGAGUGAAGUAUGAUUCUAGAAGGUAUGUUGGUUCAGCAAGGAAUGGCAGCGGGGAGGUUAGGUGUUGAUAGAGUAAGAUAGAGUAGGGUAUGGUAGAGUCGGGUAUGGUAAGGUAGGGUGGGGAAGGGUACAGCAGGCUAGGGUAAUGUAAGUUACGGCACAGUAAAAUAAAAUAUUCUUCAAAAGAAAACUUGGUCACCACAAGACAUAUUAACCCACUAAACCCCCUAUUUCAGACCCCAAACCCAGCCAGAUUCCCGAGGCUACACCCACGAUACAACAACAAUAACAGAACACGACAAUGACAAUACUAUCGCAUCAGAAAUUGAUCAAAAAUCAUCUACAGAAACCGAAAAACUUCACUACAACAAAGAUAUAGAACAUACCGAGUACCAACAUGUACAUCAUCGACGAGAAUAUUCAAAAGAGUCCAAUCAGUCUUCUAAAACCUCACAUAGUAACACGGAUUCUAUUUCGCUACGCUUCUCCGACAAUUAUUUGGAUGAAGAGAGCUCUACAUUACAGUAUAGCUCAGGUGGUACCACUCCUAUGCCGACGCUGGAUGAACAGGAACUCCAGAAGCGUGAAGAAGCCGAAGCGGAUUCCAGAGGCUAUGGUGGGCAUGCUGAAGGUGAAGAUCUUGUAAAACAUGGUGAUUCUAGAGGCUACGGAGGCCACGAUAAUUCAGAAGGCUUGAAGAAGCAUGGUGAAUAUGAAGACCGAGUUAACGAUGAAUUCGAAGACAAGAAGCCUAGUGAACAUCAAGAUUCAGAUGAGAAAAUUAUAACAGAAGUCGGACAACACCGUUAUGAUAUUGAAUUUGAAGAGACUUUGAGCAAAAAGACGACAAAGAAGGCUGUACUAGUAGAAGAUGAUUCAUAUUUGGAAGAUAUUGAAGAAGAAUCUGAAGGCGAUGCUCACGGACAUGCUCCUUUGUAUCAUGAUGAACAUGAAGGUCAUCAACAUCAAAGACAUGAGUUUGAUCGAGGAAAUACUCAUGAGCAUGAACACAUUGAUAUUGGUGUUUGUCAUGAACGUGCUGAUAUUGGUGAAGGUGUUCAUCAUGAAGACCAUGAUGUUGAUGUAGGUCAUGGAGCUCAAAUUGGUGAUAUUGGCCAGGAAAUCAAACAUGAACAUAUUGAUAUUGGUCAAGGAGCUCAUCAUGAACAUGUAGAACAUAUUGGACAAGGUGUUGAAGUUGAGCACGGUGAAAGAAUUGGAGAUAUUGGACAAGAUGUUGAGCGUCAUGAACAAUUUGACCAAGGGGAAUAUCAAGGACAUGCAGAAGAAAAUCAUCCAGGACAUAAACAUACUGAAGAGUAUCAUUCUGGCCACCAACAUUCAGAAGACGAUCCUCAUGCUGGUCAUCAACAUCAAACUCAUGAGUUGGCAAGACAUGAUGAGAAAACUGUAACUGAAGUCGGACGUCAUCAGUACGAUGUUGAAGUUGAAGAAACUUUGAGUAAAAGUACGAAAAAGAAGGCGUUAGAAGUUGGUGAAGGUGCUUCUGUAGAUCAUCAUGAAGUUGAACAUGGUCAUCAUGAUGAACAAGACAGUCAAGGACAUGUUCAUCAUGGUGAACAUGAUAGUAGGCAUUAUGGAGAGAAUGUUGAAGAAGAUAUUCAUAACGAAGAACGGAUUCAUCAUCAUUCAGAACAUGUUCAUCAUGACCCAUUGUAUCAUGGUGAACAUGAAGGUCAUCAACAUCAACGACAUGAGUUUGACCGAGGACAUACUCAUGAGCAUGAGCACAUUGAUAUAAGCGAAGGUGUUCAUCAUGAACCCAUUCAUAUAGGUGGAGUUGUUCAUCAUGAACAUGAUGAUAUUGAUGUAGGUCAUGGAGCUCAAAUUGGUGAUAUUGGUCGGGAAAUCAAGCACGAACAUAUUGACAUUGGUCAAGGAGUUCAUCAUGAACACGUAGAACACGUUGGACAAGCUGUUGAAGUUGAGCACGAUACUAAAAUUGGUGAAAUUGGCCAAGAAGUCCACCGUGAGCAUGAUCAACAUAUUGGACAAGGCAUUGAACCUUCAGAAUCUACAAAAGAAGAUCUUUUGUUCUACAUUGAGAGCAAGCAUUACCCAUUAAUCAUAAGUUUAGACAAAUACCCUCGAGAGUGGUACUAUGAAGACCUUACAGACUUAGAGGAUUCAAAAAAUGUUGUGGAAGAAGGAAGAACUCGCUACGAUAUUGAGAUUGAAGAUACGAUUGAGAAGGCCAAGAGGAGGAUCACUCAAGAGAUCAAUAAAGAAGUUGUUGAUGAAGAACAUACAGUAGAAGGUGGUGUGGUGAAUCGAAAGCAUUCUAUUCUGUAUCAUCUGCUGAAUAGGUCUACUGACAUGCCUACGAUACCGUUUCAUACUAAGAAGCCACAGUAUUGGAGCUAUGAUACGAUUCAGAUUGGCCAGGGGGUGGUGAUUGGGCAUGAAGAACAUGAAGGUCAUCAUGACUUGCACCAUGGUGAAAAUGAAGGUGAUCAUGUUUUGCACCAUGGUGAACAUGAAGGUCAUCAACAUCAAAGACAUGAGUUUGAUCGAGGACAUACUCAUGAACAUGAACACAUUGAUAUAGGUCAAGGUGUUCAUCGUGAACAAGAUACUAUUGGUCAAAGAAUUGAACAUGUAGACCUCGGACAAAGAGUAGAACAUCAAUAUGAAGGUAUUGGUCAAGGAGUUGGUCAUGAACAAAUUGGAGCUGGGGCCAAGAUUGAAGUCGAAAAGAUUGUCAAGUCAAUUGAUAUUGAGUAUGAAGUUCAAGAAGGAAAACGAGAAGAUAUUGGGCAUGCUGUUGAGGUUAUAAAGAAAACAACUGUUGUUGAACAUGAAAUUGGGCACGGUGUUGAAGUUCAUCAAAGUAGAAGAGCUUCUGAAGGAGGCAUUGGCCAAAAAAUUGAUGAUGUUGACGGUUCUAUAGGUCGUGAAGCUUCAAAAAUAGAUGAUUCUAUAGGUCAUGGAGCAGAAUUAGAGCAUUCUGAGUACCAACGAAGUCGUCAAGAAUCUGUAGAACAUCAAGAAGGUAAAGAACUUGAUAGUACAAUCACAGUAACGCCAAUAACAGGCUCUGGAAACAUUGAAUACAGACAACGAAGAAGCCCAAUCUAUACUCCAAUGUAUCUUAUUGAUCUUCUGGAGCCGGAAAAAGAGUUUGUAGCUUGUGAACUUGUACUAGAACGGCAGGUAGAUCAUGGUGAGCAUGCUCAUAUUGAUGUAGGUCAUCACGAAAAGCAAAUUGGUCAAGAAGUCCAUCUACCGGACUUGCCACUACCAUCAGAACAUAUAGUUGAAGAAACUGUUGUAAUUGACCGUUACCUACCGAAUCCAGAUGAGUAUGAUGAAAUUAAAGUACCAAGUGCACCAUACGAAAAGCACGAAGAAAUUGGUCAAGGAGCUUCAGUAGAAGAAAGCGGAAGCCUUUUACUAAAAGAUUUGGAGUUUGGUCACUAUGAACUUGAUCAUCAUGUACAUCAACGUCCGACUUCUUCAUGGUACGAUGAGUUACGACGUCAAAAAGAAGAAGAGCACUAUGAAGAUAUUAAAGAAGAACAACAUGAGUAUAGUCGACAUUAUGAAGAACAUAUUCAUCAUAAAAGAGAACAUGUAUAUCACGAACCAUUAUACCAUGACGAACAUGAAGGUCAUCAACAUCAACGACAUGAGUUUGAUCGAGGAAAUACUCAUGAACACGAACACAUUGGUAUAGGCGAAGGUGUUCAUCAUGAACAUGUUGACAUUGACGUUGCUCAUGGAUCUCACAUUGGUGAUAUUGGCCAGGAUAUCGAGAAUGAACAUGUUGAUAUUGGUCAAGAAGUUCAUCAUGAACAUGUACAACAUAUUGGACAAGGUGUUGAGGUUGGGCACGGUACAAAAAUUGGUGAUAUUGGACAAGAUAUUGAUCGUCAGGAACAUAUUGACGAAGAUUCUCAUGCUGGUCAUCAACAUCAAACUCAUGAGCUAGCAAGACAUGGGGAACUGGAACAUACUCAUAUUGAACAUGAGCAUCGAUAUGAUUAUCACCAUGAUACCUACGACUAUCCGCCGGUAGACCAACCAUUAGAUAUUAUUGAAAGACCACCAGUUGAGAUAGUAAAAGAGCCUUCGUUUGAACAUGAAAUCAGUGAAAGAACUCCAAUCUACGAAGUGCCACCACUAAAACCGCCUUCACCGGUACAGGUACAUGAAACAAGAUACAAAGAACAUGAAACAAUCAGAUGGACGGGUGAAAGACAAAACUAUCAAUAUCCAUAUGAAAGGGCUACUACCGAGAUACCUACAUACGACUUUCCACCGGUCAAUGAAGAGAUUGAUCAUGAACAAAAAGGUGUUGUUCAUGGUGAUAUUGGCCAACAUGUUGAUGUAGGUAGUGGGGCACAUAUUGGCCAAGAUAUUGGAACUGGAACUCAAGUUGUGCACGAACAUAGUACGGAUGACGUAUUACAAUACUAUGAACACGAAACAUCCAGAUACGAAGGCCAGAGAUCUUCAAUCGAGUAUGUACCGAAGAUACCAUCUUCAGAAGGUUCUACCGGCCAAGAUAUCACUGUACCGAGAUACGAUUUCCCUCCGAUAAAGCCACCAACUCCAGUAGAAUACGAUGAAAUUGAGUACCAUGAACAUGACACAACAAAAUGGCAAAGAGACAGUCAUUACGAUCUACCACCAGUUGAACAUGAACAUACUAGGGAUGCUGUAGAAGAUGUACGACAAGAUAUUGAUGUUGUUCAUCGAAGCCAAGAUGUUGAACAAGCUAAAGGCGGUAUGAGUAUUGGUCAAGGUGUUGAAAAAUCCAAAGAAAGUGCUGAAAUCGGACAAGACAUCAGUUACGACUAUCCACCAGUAGAUGAACAUAAAACUCAUUAUGUUGAGCACGAUACGACUAGAUGGCAUCGCGAAGAAAAUGUCUAUGAAGAUAUUGAUUCUCGAGGCUAUUAUGGGCAUUAUGAACCUGGUAAACACCAGGAACAACGUGCUCAUCAUGAACAUCUGUACGAAGGAAAACAUGAUGGACAUCAACACCAAACUCAUGAACUGGCUAGAGAACAUGCUGAAGUUGAUAUUGGUCAAGGUGUAGGUUAUGGUGAAGAGACACGACAGAGUUAUGAUGAAAAACAUACGAGGUACGAAGAAAUACGACAAGGUCAUGAUGAAGAUAUUGGUGGUGGAGUUGUUUAUCGGCCAGCAAAGGAAGGAGAACCCAGAGCUGGUGAACAAAUUGAGAUUCUGAAGCCAGAAAACGAUGUAGAAGGUAUUCCAUUUGAACCUGUUUAUGAUGGCUUACCGUCUACUUCAGAAUCCAUUGAAACUGGACUUCCUUCGGCUUCAGAAACCAUCAAUGUCCUAUCGACAGGACUACCAUCUGGUUUCGAAACAAUCGACCAUGACCUACCUUCACCUUCAGAAAUUGUAAAAGAAGUGUUGGAAGAAGAAUAUCAACAUGAUCAAUACCUCGAACCAGUCCCUAAAUCUCGAACAGAAACCCGCGAAUCCCUACGAGAUGACCGUGACAUUGACGUACCAGUGUUACUCUGGAAAGACCGUGAAUUCCGCGCGUCAGUACUCGAAAUCGAUCGCAACUACCAACGUGAUCUACUUCUAGAAGAUCGUAAACGAGGAAUCCUAACCGAUCCACUCAAACGAAAGGCUGCGGAUUCAGCUGUAAUCAGAAGAAGAACCACGAUCCGUGAGGAUUACAGCCCUGCCAAACACUAUACUGGCCAUUUCUACGAUUCCGAAGUUCAUGAGCUGAGAAGAAGCUCGGAUGAACUGGGCUACAGUACCUCGACGAUACAUUCUAGCGAAAAAGUGCCAGAAGUGUACGAUGUUAUGUUGUUUAGAAGCAUGGAAAUGGUCUAUGUGCCAUUGGUGAUUGAUGUUGAUUAUGAUGAAGGUCUACAGGUACUGAAGCACGGUGAGAGUAUUGAUGAUACGGUAGUUUCAAGAGAUGACUUAAACAUUGGUGAAGGUACGGUUAUUGGUGAACAUCAAAAAGCUGUUGAUAUUGAGUUCCCAGAAGAUAUUCAACUUGAUGUAGAAGAGCUACACAAAGAGAAAGAUGUAGAAUAUACUGUGGUUGAACGUGAACACUUUGAUGAUUCGUACAGACAUGGUCAUGUUAAAUACCAUGGUGAUGAUGAGGAAGAUAGAAGUGUUGAGCACGAAGGCCACCGACGACUUGAGUACGAUGACGCUGAAUUUGAGUACAGAAGGAAAGAGGACUUGCAUGUGUACGAUGAAGUGCCUACUGAGGAAUACUACGAAGAAAUACCGUAUGAAAAGAGGAUGGAGGAAGAUAGAUCAAUUGGUACUGGAGUAAGAUACGACGAAGUUCAUCAAGGUACGUCUAUUGGCGGCGGAGUAAGGUAUGAUUACUCACCAAGCGAAAGGUACGCUCACCCACUCCUAGAAGAAAGAAUAACCGAUGCCUUGCCAGACGAAACGCUACACCGUGAACGAGAACUAAGUGAAAUAACUUAUCACCCAGAAGUCGAGGUACAAGAACAAACCAUUGAAUUCGGCCCAGAAUCAUCGUCAAGUGGCAAAACUGACAAAGAUCUACAUGUUGAUGUAGAGAAAAGUGGCUCAAAUUCGUCGCAAGCUCUUUCACCGGCUACAGAAUACGUCGACGAUCAUUUUACGUACUACACCAGUGGUUUGGACUACCUUCCAUGGGAGGGUAGUCGACCAGGCGUUCCUACUCAUUAUUAUGAGGGUGGAGAAGAUGGGGAAGGUCAGGGUAUUUUGUACAAUGAAACCACAGGAGAGCCGAUCUACGACGUUGUUCCGGAAGAACUUCAACAACAUGAUUCUAGAGGCUACUACGAUAUUGUAGCUGAACCAACAGAAUCAGAAGGCCACAUAGCAGAUGAAGAACACCAUCAUCAAGAGCUAGAACGUACUGCUUCAACAAACGAUGGCUACGAAAUCCCAAUUAAACGAUCAAAUGACCCUCAAGCUUCAGAAGACAUCUACACAGAAAUUGGUGAUAAAAAUACAGUAACCCACGAUGAUCAGGUAAAUUACGAUGAAGUGCUAAAGAGAUCCGAAGAGCUUCCUCAAACCUCUAUCGAUGAAUACGUGCCAAUUGAAGGCUCGGAACGGUACAAAGAAAGCGAUGAAGUUGAGUACGCGCGACGGGGGCAUUGGUACGAACGAGCACAUACUUUAACGGCUGACAGUUUUCCGUACGACAGCGUAUCGGUCAAUGUUGGGCAAGGUGUAGAUGUGGAGGACAAGCAUGAAGGAGAAUAUGAUGUACCUUAUAGUACUGUUGAAAAAGUUGGUACUGAACUUGGGCAGAAUGUUGAGAGGACCUCAUAUAUUGGACAAAAAGUUGAAAGAACUUCUGAGAUUGGACAGAAAAUUGACCCAGUAAUAUCAAUUGGCCAAAAACUUGAUUCAAACGUACUAAGAAGUUCAGCAUCCACAACAUCCGCUACUUCCAAGACCAAGCAAAUUCAAAAACAAACCUCAAUAUACGAAAACAAAGGCAUCUACAGUACACAUGACCACAUGCUAGUAGAGACUGGCUCAGAUAUUGAAGGAGAACCAUACCCAGCUCGUGUUAUACCAGCUACGGGUAUUCAAACCCUAAGGCCUACGAGAUAUAAAAGACCUCAAAGACAAUACUCAGAUAGCAUUGCUUCGUCUACAGCUCAAACCGACUGGUACUAUCAGAUUCCAAGGCCGAAGCUGAAGAAGAGUCAUACCUUGUUUAGUGGAAAGGUUGUUGAAGUCGUGAGGAUUAAGGGAGAAGAGUACAGGGUCUAUGAUAAUAUUGAUGUGAGAAGGCAUGAUGGUAAUGAGAGAAGCGGUCAGGUUAGGUAUGGUAGCCAAGUGGAAGGCCAAAGAGGCUACGGCAAUCAAUCAAACACUCAAGCCGGCUACAACAAUCAACUGUCAACCGAAAGCCAAUUCUACAAGAUUAACCGCGAUUCUUUCCGUCAAAGGCAAUUUUUCAAAAAUUUCGAAGCUGAAGAUCAAUUUUUAAAUCAAUAUAUAACUCAUCAAAAAUGGUCCAUUCCUACCUAUCUUAUACCAGUAGAACAGGACAGUAAACAUACUUUGACACCUAACAAAAGUAAUAUUUCGUUGGGUGUUCUAUUGAAGGCUAGAAGAAGAAAUAUCUCGGCCCCAGCUGGACUAGAUCGGCUGCAUAUUAGAGAGGAACUUUGGCAAGAACAGUCUGUUGGCCGAGGGUAUACUGACCAAUAUGGUGGUGGAAAAGAAGGGUCAAUCUAUGAUGUAUAUAGUGGAAAAGAAAGAGCAGUUCAUGAUGUAUAUGGCAGUACAAAAGAAUGGCCAAUCUAUGAUGUCUAUGAACGUAAAGAAGCUAAACAUCAUGGUGAACAUAGAGAGAGACAUCAAAAACAUCACAGUGGUAGUAUUCAAAGCAAAGUUGAGGAUGUUAUCUACAACAGGAAGGCCCCAGAACCUAGCAAAACUAGCUUACACUACAAGAAAACGGCUUCAGAAUACGAUAAGGUGCCUUCAGAUUACGAUAAAGUGCCUUCAGAAUACAGUAACCAGUCUUUAAGAUAUGAAAAAGCUUCAAAACAGUACGAAAAUGAUGUUGAUGGUAAAGAAAAGGAUGAAUUACUGUACAGUAGAGCCUUCCAAAAAGCUAAAAGCAAUGCUGAUGAGUAUACUUAUGGAUCGAUUCAUACUAAACAAGGCAAAGAAGUUGCUCAACAAUUGAAUGAAUAUGAUAAGGUGUAUGAGAGGAGUUAUGAUCAAGUUCCUGAUAGUAAGUUGGUUUUUCCUAUCUUACUCUACCCUACUUUAUUCAGUCCUACCCUACCUUACUUUAUUCUACAAUACCUUACUCUGCCCUGUCCUACCUCAUUCUAUCGUAAGUCACCUUAGCCUAACUUAGCUCUACUCUACCUUACUCUAACUUUCUUUAUUCUACCUGACCCUAUCUUACUUUACUUUGCCCUGCCUUACUUUGCCUUCUCCUUCUCUGCCUUACACUACCCUAAUCUGUGUUACCUUAAUCUACUCUACCUUGCCAUGCCCUGUUCUUCUCUGUCUUACUCUUCUUUUCCUUACUCUACUUUACCCUAUCCUACCCUGCCCCCACUCUGCCUUAAUUUUCUCUGCUUUGCACUGACCGUCCUUGCCUCUGCCUUACUUUACUUUACUUUACCUUACUUUUUCUAUCUAAUUCUACUUUACCUUGAUCUAUCAUAUUCUUCUACUCGAUUUCAUUUAUACAUCUUAAUCACAUUUUUAACCUUUUAAUUUCAGACAAAGAAAACGGCCAUAGCAGAUCAGUUUCUUCAGUAUACAGUAACUCAGUUAUCUUUGACAAUCAUCACUAUUCGGACAGUAGAGGUUAUGGUCAAGAGAACAUCUAUGAACGGCCGAAGACACCAGAACAAGACUAUGAUGAGGUGCCUGUGAUCAAGUCUUUGAGGUGAGUUUUUGUAACCAAAAAUGAGUUUUAAAUUUUUUUAAUUAAAAAAAUUAUUUUCAAAAUUUCUUUUUGUUUUUUUUAAUUAAAAAAUUUUUUUUUUAAUUUUUGAAUAUUGUCAAUCUCAUCAAAACAGAUAUUUAUCUUAAAAAUGCCAUUUUAUAACCCAUUUCACUGCCCCGAAGGCUUUGUUUGUUCGCUGUUAGGGAUUCGAAAGUGGACACAGCGUUCAGUUCGAAGGCCGAAUUUCCGGCAUUCGAGAUUUUGCGGUCCGGCCCGAAACUGAAGAGACAAAUUGAAAAGCCGUCUUUCUUUAUCAGACGCGCAUAUUUUAUUACUUAUUUUCUUGGCAUUACUUUGUUGUUAUGAGGGAUGGGGUAUUAUUAUUAUUUUUCUAUUAGGGCAGUGGUCUUUAAAAAAUUUUUAUUGUACUGCAGGGCAGGGUAGAGUAGUGUAAGGUAGGGUAGGGUAGAGUCGGUUUCGGCAGGGCAUAGUAUGACAACGUAGGGUAGGGUGGCAAAGAAUAUGUAAAGGUAGGGUAGGGUAAGGUAGUUUAGGGCAGGGUAAAAUAGAGUAGGGUAGGGAUAAUGGUAAGUUGUUAUCGCUUAUCAAGUACGAUCUCUUGAGGUAAUAUGGAGUAAAAUCCCAACACUCGCAGUAAUUUGUUGGGUCGUUUUACAUCGAGGCGAGUAUGACAUAAAAUUACCAAAUUACAUAACAAAAAGUUACGUAAUUCGGUUUUUUGCAAUUUACUUAAGGCUGCCUUAUUGUAUAAUAUAAAUGUUUAUGUAAUGUUAGACAUGUUUUUAUAAUAGUAAGCUUAGUGUAAUGGCACACUUAUUUUAGACAGUUUAUAUGAAGAUCGGGUACGGCAAGGGUAAGGAAGGGUGAAGUUGGGUGGAGCAGAGAAAGCUGGACUAGAGUAGGAUAUAAUAAGGAAAGAUAUAGUAGAGUAGGGUAGGGUAAAGUAGCAUAUGAUGGGCUAGAGUAGUAUAAGGUAAAGUAAGGUUGUAAAGUGCAUGGUGGGCUACGAUAGGCUAGCCUGAGCUAUACGAUAACAUAAGGUAGGAUAUUGUGGCAGGGUAUGGUGGGUAGGGUAGGGUAGGGUAGGGUAGGGUAGGGUAGGGUAGGGUAGGGGUAGGGGUAGGGUAGAGUAGGAUAGGGUAGGGUAGGGUAGGGUAGGGUAGGGUAGGGUAAGUUAGACUAGAGUUAUUUAUCAUUCUUUUUCGAACAUUUAAUCCAUCCUGGAUUAUAAAAACUGACCAUUCGAAAGGUUCUGGUCAAUAAACAGCAACAGCUUGUGCACUUUUUUAUUAUCUUUUUUCUAUUCUUUCAUCCUUUUAUUCUCUAAUGCCUUCCUCAUCCACUACUCUUCCUAUUCUUCUCUUCGGCUUUUUCCGUUUGACUCUCGACCGUUUUGAGGGCAGGAGGUUGAGAGAGCACAGCCGGUUGUCGCUCUCUUUUUAAAACCCCAAAGCGAGAGAAUUUCGAAGAGGGGAGGGGGGAGGGGGCCCGCAUUCGAAAAAUCUCUCUUUUUUUGUUUAGUUCAAUACUUUUUUCCUGAAGACAAAAAGAGGCGCUUCUUCGUGGGGGGAUGGGUUUCGGUUUGGCAUCGUGUAAAAUGUUGUUCUGAAGGCUUAUGAAGGGCUGAAGGGCUUUCUGGCUUAUUAUUUAUUUUAUAUGAUUAAGCAUCUUUCGGCAAUGUUUUUUAGCUUUUUUGAAAAUUUUAUAUUAUUUUUGAAAAAAUAAGGUUGGCUUUUUUAAUUUUGGUGCUAUACUUUUUUGUUUAAGCUAGCUUUUUUGUGAAAUUAUCCUAUCUGCUUAUAAAUGGUCAUAUCUUCUUAAUGUAGUCUUAUCUUCUUAUAAUUGGUGCCAUGUACUUAAAAAUGGUUUAGUCUUUUCAGAAGUUAUCUUCCCUUCUUAUAAAUGAUAUUUGCUUUUUGGAACUGGUCUUGUUUUAUAAGAAGUUGCCUUAACUUCUUAUAAACGGUCUAGGCGUUUACAACAUGCUGCUGUCUCUUGCGAAAUGAUCCCAUCUUUAUAAAAAUGGUUCCAUCUUCUUAUAAAUGGCCUCGUCUUCUUAGAAAUUGUCUUAUAUUUUUAGAAAUAGUUUCAUCUUCUUAGAAAUGGUCCCAUCUUCUUAGAAAUGGUCCCAUCUUUUUAUAAAUGGUCCCAUCUUUUCAGAAAUGGUCUUAUCUUCUUAUAAAUGGUUCUAUCCUUUUCGAAAUGGGCUCAUCUUUUAGAAACAGUCCCACCUUUUUGUAAAAUGGUCCUAUCUUCUUAAAAAAGAUUUCAUCUUUCUCAAUGGUCCGAUCCUUUUAGAAUUGGUCCCGUUUUAUUAGUAAUGGUUUCGUCUGCUAGGAAAUGGUCCCAUCUUUUUGGAAAUGGUGCCUUCUUCUUUAUAAAUGGUCCAUCUUUUUUAAAAUGGUCCUGUUUUACCUGUUUUAUGCUAAUAGUUCUGUGGACUUUUGAACCGAUUUUCAAACCCAGCUUUUGUAAACCCUUCCAGACCAACCCUCAUUGUUUUAUGGCCGUUUUUCGACCGCUUUUCAUGAAAUUCUGUCAUUUUUCCCGAGGCUUUUCGUUCUUUUGGGAAUUGGUUUUGUACGUUUUUGCCCCGCUUUGACAGGGUAAAGUAGUAAAUAAAAACUUAUUUUUGGGGGGGGAUAUUUGGAGUUGAAGUGGGUGGAGGGGGGGGUGAAAAAAUUUUUUAGGAGUUGAUAGUCGAUUAUGGGGAGGGAAGGGAAACAAAUUAAAAAAAAAUUUUUUUUGAGGGGGGGGUGGUAUUUUCGAGUUGAGGUGGGAGAGGGGGGAGGGAGGCAAAAAUUAUAUUUUUCGAAUUGUCGGGGUUGGAUAACAUCUGCGUUUACUAAUUUUUUUUUGAACUCUCCCCCCCCCCAUUUUUUACACCUCCUCCCCCCCUCUCCCCUCCCCCCACCCCCCCUCCUAUCCAUUUCUCGUUUCAGUUCUAAGCCCAACCCAAAAAAAUACGCCUUUGUUUGUCCCUUCCGUGAUAUCAACAAAAAUUUUAUUACGUUUUUAAAGCUCUUGUUUAUAUUGAGCAAGUUUUAAGUACCCUGAAACUGCGCCAAUCUUUCCUUCCUUCUAAUCCCUUCUCGUAGAUGACCUUUGAACAUGUUGUGGAAGCGUCAAAGUUAAUCGAAAUGACUUGGGAGUUGUUUUAGUUAAAUGGCGUUUAAUUGUUUGUUUCUUGGGUUUAAAAUUCAACUUUUUUGAAAAUUUUAAAAUUUUUGAAAAACAAAUUUUUUUUUAUUUUUUAAAAUUUUGUAAAAAAUUAAAUUUGUUUCUCUCAAGACCUAUAAUGGGACCGAGCCUAGUUUUUCAUUGGCCUAGGCUUCGGUCUCGGCUAUCGGGUCCUUCCUUUUCAAAUUCGGUUUGGCCUAGGGGUGGGUCUCAGUGUGGCGCUCUUUCAGGUCUAGUCCCCUAUAUGGAGUUUUUUGGUAAAUUUUUUUUAAAUUUACCAAAAGUAAACUCCUUUGGCUUAAACUGAUUUUUUCUUGAAUUAGUGUCGUUUACAUCCUCCAAGAUUAUACGCUUAUCGCAAAUCUACAUAAAUUUGUUUACCGUCGUUUUAUCGAAAUUCGCUCUCGGGGCGCGAGCGGUCUCUUUUUUCCAUUUUUUCUUCAAGCAACAACUUUUUACCGCUGAUUUAACGGGUUAGAUUUGAGGCUGAAAAGGUGGGGAUAGUCAGAUUUUUAAAGAUUUUAAGGGUGUUUUGAAAAAAAAUUUUAAAAAAUUGAAUUUUUCAAAAAAUGUUUACUGUAGGGUAAGAUGUGACAGAAAGUGGGCUUAUUGUAGAGCUAGAUUCUUUAGUAUAGGGUUUAACAGUGCAAAGGUAGAGUUUGUAUAGAACAAGGGUAAUGAUAGAUACACUUUAUUAAGUGCCGACAUAAAGAACCCGCCAUACUUUUUCUAUAAUUUCUUUUAAAAAAUCGCGGGGUAUUUAUGUCGGCACCUAUAAUAAUAGAUGUGAGGGGGGUAGGAGAUAGGAUAGUGUAGUUUUGGGUUGUAUACAUGAAGAACGGGCCGUUUGGGGUCCAAUUUCCAAACUUAACCCGAUCUAAAUUUUGCUCAAGACCGGCGCGGCUCGGAUUUUUUUUACGUGUAAGCGGGCCGGCCUUUUUGGCUCGGGCCUGGAUUUUCAGGCUUGGUCUGACUUAAAUUUGGGUCAAGGCUGAUGGUAGGCCCGGGCCUGGCCCGUUCCUCGUGUCUAUAGGGUUGUAUUGGGUAGAAAAGCGAAGGGCAGGGCAUGACAGGUUAAGUGUUAGGCUAGGUUCGAUUAGAGCGAGGCUAGGACAAUGGCUAGUUGUAGGGCUGAGCUUUGGGCCAGAGGUAAAGGGGCCGCUUUUGAUUUUUAAAUCGAAAAGUUUAAUGAAAUCUUGUUUUGUGAAUCACGUUGUGAUAAGUAUUAAAAUAUAUGAUUAAUUUAUGAUUCUGACGCGUUUUUAAUCUCAUUUUAUGAUUUUAACGACCAAAUUUGACUUUGCUUUCAAAAUUUUGAUUUUAAAUUUUUUAAAAUUUUUAAAAUUUUGGAAUUUUUUUUCUUACUUUUAACUUUAUUUCUAAUCUUACCCUUAUUUUUAAAAAUAUUUUUUCAUUUUUUGAAUUUACUAAUUUUAAAAAAAUUUGCAUUUUUAUGAUACCUGAGUGUUUUCUUAAAAAUUUUCUUAAAAUCUCACCGUUCCAGGCACGUUGAACCCUCAAAAAGGCCGUCACUAAAAGAGGACGUUCCCUUCUCACAAGUACUUCUUCGGCACGUCGUUGAGAACGGUUCGACACGUCGCAAGCGGCGUUUAUCAGCGUUAAAACGUCGCGAUCCGUACGUUCGUCAUCCGUCGGAUUCUGAUUUCAAAUUCGGGCUUCAUUUCGGAUCGAAUCCGUACUUGAUCUACUUAGCACGUCAACCAUACAUUCGUGGUCGAUUCUAUCGUCGAAUGGCCGAACUCAAGGAUGAAUUGCCGUUGGGGAACGUGAAUGGAGUGGAGAGUUUGGAGAACACGGUGGACACGGAACAGACGGCUUUAUGGGAUCCGACACAGUUGUUGAAGAAGCAGUAUUAUGUAAGUAUUCAUCUUCUUAGAAAUGGGUAAGAAAUUGCAUAAGUUUAAACAAAAACCAAAUUCCAGGUCGACUACAACCCUCUGGUGGAGCACCGCAUCACCUACCGUACAAUGGAAGGUCAUAUGGAGUUUCCGAACGAUGAGAACGUCCAAGUACCAGAGAUUGAAAAACCUUGGAAGCCAUUGUACUGUCGAAUCCGUGACGGUCGAUUCCAAUGGUUUGCUUCACAUUGCGCAGACGAGCACCCAAUCAGUGACGUACUGUUGACUGAUACCAAAAUCACGGCGAACAAGGACGAUUGGACGUUCCGAAUUCAAGGCGGAAAGGAAAAUGCAAAUUUGUUGGUUAAAGCACCAUCGAACGUAUUUGAAAAGUGGCGACAAGUGCUGUUGAGUCAGAGUCAAACUGAACUUAUUGAUGCUUACGUUCAGCCGGGCCGACCGGUCGUACCGCAUUAUCAAAAGGUAUGUCAUGGUUUUUUACAGGCUUUUAGAAAAAAUGGCAAAAACUUUCUUUAUAAAACAAAAAAUGGCAAGAACUUCCUUUAAAAAACAAAAAAUGGCAAGAACUUUCUUUACAAAACGCAAAAUGGCAAGAACUUUCUUUACUUUAACUUUUUCAGAAAGUAGUACUAGUGGAAAUUGGUGCAGCAUCAGUACGAGCAGGCUUACUAACCAACAAGCCAUCCUUACCACAAGUGUUCUUCCCAGCCAUUGCUAGUGUUACAGAUAGUGGCAUUAUUGUUGGUAGUGAAGCAUUAAGGCCAGAAAACCGAACGAAUAGCCAGCUGGUGCGACCAAUGGACGUUGGUGAUGGCACUAGUGUGGACAGGUACAAUGUUAACAGCAAAGUAGUCGAUGCUGUGGUUAGAAAAGUGGUGAAGGAGCUACAGAUCAAGCCUGGAGAUUAUAAGGUAAGCAUCUACCCCUACCCCUACCCCUACCCCUACCCCUACCCCUACCCCUAUUAAUACUACUAUAACUUAGAUCUACUGUAUGUUAUCAUUACAGUAGCCUGGGCUGACCCUUCUGCUUACGUUUAUUAAUUGGCCUUACCGUACUCUAGCCUUACAGUAACUUAACUCAAUCUUAUUUUGUAAUUCUAGAUCCUCCUCUCCAUCUCCCAAGACGUCCCAACAACAUAUGCAUCACAACUUCUCCACCUCCUACUCGAAGCUACUCAAUUCGAAGCCGCCACCAUAGCCCGACAACCUUCUCUAAUCCUCUACUCAUACGACGUCACCACCGGUGUUGUAGUAGACAUUGGAGAGACACUACAUAUUGUACCAGUAAUCGACGAAUACAUAGUAGACUCGGCGAUAGUAUCAUUGCCAUUUGGAGGUCAACAAAUUCGUGCCGCCUUGAAGCGACGCCUUCAGAAUACCGCAAACGGUAGUGGAAUCGGCUUCAAUUCGCCAGUAGAACAUGUAGCACUUCAGGAGAUUGUCAGACAAUCUUGUUAUGUAGAUAGUGAGAGUACCAGUAGUCAUAAGGGUACUGCAACGGUGGAUUUGAGUGGCUUCAAGUUGGGUGAUGGCUUCCCCACUUCAGUUCAGGUCGAUGAGGAAAGGCAUUUGGUGGCUGAAGGAUUGUUUAACCCAAAGAGAUGGAGUAUUGAGACCAAAGGGAUUCAUCAUCUAAUUCAUGAAGUCAUUCAACAAAGUCCUAUUGAUAGUCGAAGAACGUUGUAUAGGUAAGAGUGGGAGAUUGUAAUGAUAGUAUAGGGUAGGGUAACAUAUGAUAGGAUGCGGUAAGGUAGGGUGACAGGGUAAGAUAGGGUAGGGUAGUGUAGGGUAGGGUAGAUUGUGAGUAUGGUAAAGUCAGAGCAAAACCUUAUCUUAAAAUUUCAGAAACAUUUACUUAGCCGGAGGCGUAUCUCUUCUACCAGGCCUAGCCGAACGUCUCGAACAAGAGCUGAGCAAGAUCGCGCCAAGUUCAAUAUUUGUUCAAGUUCACGGCUCUCCUUGGCGUUAUCACGCCGCUUAUUUGGGCGCCCAAGUCAUCGCAUCAAGCCAUCAGUUUGACAGUUGUUGUGCAAACAAGGACAACAUUGAUGACUACGUACGUCAACUCGAGGCUGAGAUCAACUAA